GCCGCUCCGCCCCUCGCUGCCCCGGGGCUCCGAGGGCCGGGGACUCAGGCCGAGCGCCGCGCACCCCGCCGCGAGCGUCGCAGCGCAGCCUCCCGCCGGUUGUAGGGUCCAGGCCUCCAUGAGGAGCCCAGACAUGGAGUUGUUCAAGCAACAGAAGGUGGAGGACUUUUACGAUAUUGGAGAGGAGCUGGGCAGUGGCCAGUUUGCCAUCGUGAAGAAGUGCCGGGAGAAGAGCACAGGGCUGGAGUUCGCAGCCAAGUUCAUCAAGAAGCGACAGAGCCGGGCCAGCCGGCGGGGCGUGUGCCGGGAGGAGAUUGAGCGGGAGGUGAGCAUCCUGCGGCAGGUGCUGCACCCCAACAUCAUCACGCUGCACGAUGUCUACGAGAACCGCACCGAUGUGGUGCUCAUCCUUGAGCUGGUGUCUGGAGGAGAGCUCUUUGAUUUCCUGGCCCAGAAAGAGUCACUGAGUGAAGAGGAGGCCACCAGCUUCAUUAAGCAGAUCCUGGAUGGGGUGAACUACCUGCACACAAAGAAAAUCGCUCACUUUGAUCUCAAGCCAGAAAACAUUAUGUUGUUAGACAAGAAUAUUCCCAUUCCACACAUCAAGCUGAUUGACUUUGGCCUGGCUCAUGAAAUAGAAGAUGGAGUUGAAUUUAAGCACAUUUUUGGGACACCAGAAUUUGUUGCUCCAGAAAUUGUGAACUACGAGCCCCUGGGGCUGGAGGCUGACAUGUGGAGCAUCGGCGUCAUCACCUACAUCCUCCUAAGCGGAGCAUCCCCUUUCCUGGGAGACACGAAGCAGGAAACCCUGGCAAACAUCACAGCAGUGAGUUACAACUUUGAUGAGGAAUUCUUCAGCCAGACUAGCGAGCUGGCCAAGGACUUCAUUCAGAAGCUUCUGGUUAAAGAGACCCGAAAACGGCUCACAAUCCAAGAGGCUCUCAGACACCCCUGGAUCACGUCGAAAGGAGAAGCCAGAGCCCCUGGGCAGUGGAAGACGCAGACCCCCCAGCUGAAGACCAAGCGCCUCAGAGAAUACACCCUCAAAUGCCAUUCCAGCAUGCCCCCCAACAACACCUAUGUCAACUUCGAGCGCUUUGCCCACGUGGUAGAGGACAUAGCUCAGUUGGACCAGGGAUGUCGCACCCUAGCAGGGGCCCAUGACACUCUCCAGGAUGAUGUGGAGGCCCUGGUCUCCAUCUACAAUGAGAAGGAGGCUUGGUACCGGGAGGAGAAUGAGAGCGCCCGGCACGACCUGUCCCAGCUCAAGUACGAGUUCCGCAAGGUGGAGUCCUUGAAGAAGCUCCUGCGGGAAGACAUCCGGGCCACCGGGUCCAGCCUGGGAAGUGUGGCCAGAAAAAUGGACCAUCUGCAGGUGCAGUUUGAGGCUCUGAGGAAGGAGCUCUCGGCAGACCUGCAGUGGGUGCAGGAACUGAUGGGCAGCUUCCGGCUGGAGAGUGGAGAGACAGCUGGCCUAGGCUCUGUGCUCCGCUGGGACGCCAGCGAGUCCCUGUCAGAGCUGCUGAGCAGGUCACACACCGAGGAAGUUCUGGCCGGCUUGAAGCUCUGAGCACCUCACCCUAGUCAGUAAUGUGUGCAGGAUGGUUUGCCAAGCGCGCUCUUGUCUGCACCAGCUAGAAUCAUCCUGCAGGGCGUGGGUCUGCAUCGCAGCCUUCCACCCCCUCCCCAGAAGCCACUGUCACAGAGCUGCCACUGUGUCUAUUCUGUACCUCCUCUUGCCAACCUGCUUUUCUGAGAAGUGCUGGCAGAGCAGCCAAGCUGUGAAAACAAUUAGAGAUGAAUACCCCUCAGCAGCCCACUUUCCCAGAGGGAGGACAGACGGCUGCCCUGGGGAGAGGCUUGAUAACUGAUUUGUGAUGAUGGAUGUGCUCACCUCUCACUCCCACCCACAGGCUGUUUGACUGCAGAUCUUGGGUAGUAGUUGAAUUAAGUAAGGAUAACGAAGUCAGCAUGGUGCUUUCCUGCUGCAGAAGCAGGGAUUUAAAAUGCACAGAGAAAAUAAUAUUGCCUUUCGUUUGAACUGACUUCUUACUUAGCAAGUCUUUGUGUCUGUGACCUCACUUGAUCCCCAAAGCGGUCUGAACUUGGAAGGUGGGUGAUGAUAGGAUGAGGGUGACAUGAUGAUUUCCACCUAAGUGAGAAGGAAAUUGACUCUGAGAGGGAGAAUGACUCAGGAUCAUUCAUAGCCAGUUGAUACAGCUGGAACAGAAACCCUGGGUGCCCGUCUCCCAGCGGAGUUCUGUGGGAGGAAGUAGGAGGCUUAGCUGUAAAUAUUAAACUUUAAUAUUAAAGUUCAGAUCCCGGACACCAGGUAAGCAGCUGCAUAUGUUUGGCCAGGUGUGGGCAGAAAGCAGACACCUGCAGAGAUUGUUCCGGGAGCUGUGUCCCAGAUAGCGCUGUGUUCCUACCAGCCCUGUCUCAGUCUGAAGACCACCUUCACGACAGGAGGGAAGGGGUGGCAGCUCCCUGUGCUCCAUCCUUCCCCCCGCAGCUCCUGUCUAAGGAUCCCAACUUUGUGUUGAGAAUGAAGACCGAAAGGGGCUCAAUAAAGAGAUUCCUUUUCCUAAAUGCUAGGCCAGUGGGCCCUGAAGGUCUAAGAAAUACCAUGAGAGUUUUUGAAGUGGGUGGACAUGAAGAUUGGGAAGCACCAGGCUCUGUGAUCCCAUCACAACCCAAAGCUUUGCGCAUCCCACCUCCAGAACUCUAUGAUCUCAUCUCUCUUUCCCUCUAGGAGGGACAAGUCAGUAUUAAUAUUAGACAGGGCAUGGAAUACAGACCCAGCACUGAGCUAGAAGCUUGGGGUUGGGGUAAAAGACUAUAUAAUUUGGAGCUAUUCACAGCCUCACAAAACAUACCAGUCAGAAAUUUGAAUAAAAUGUUAUUCCCAGUUUAGAACAGAGAGGCUAUGUGAUUUGACCCAAAUCAUAUAAGGCACAAAAGUGGGGGCCUUCUGAUGACAAGUCUGUGGCUCUUUCUGCUUCUCCCAAGUAACCCCCUGCUCCAGAAGUUUACCCUCUGUUGUGGAGGCAGAUGAUACUCUAAGUCACCCAUCUAUUCACAGAUAAUUAUCAGGCACUACCAACUCGUAGACACUGAGAUUGAGUUUGAGGAUAUGCCGAGUAAAACCAUCCUGAUUCCUGCCUUCUUGGUCCAGUGCAGGAGCCCAGCAUUGAUGAAGAAUCACACACAUGUAGAAUGCAGCUGGACAGAUGCUAUGAGAGAGAAACAGCAGCCUGCCCUGGGGUUUGAUCUGGAAGGGCAGGUGUCCUUGAAGCAGGGGACACUGGCCCUGAAAUCUGCUAAGCAACAGGGCCAUCAUCUCAAGGCGCUGUGACCAGAGAGGAACAUGGAAGGCUGGACAUGCAAGGACCGGGGGAAAGCUGGAGGGGAAAGAGUAGGACUAUGGUGUAAUUGUGAGUGGAGUGGAGACAGGACCAGCAGGGCUUUGGCCAUGUUAAAGAGCUCUGCUUUCAGGCCGGGGAUUAACUCAGUGGUUCCACCGCCUGCCCCUCAAGCCCAAGAACCUGAGUUCGAACCUCAGUACCAAAAAAAGAAAAAAAAGCUCUGCUUUUGUCCCAGAGUCAUGGGAAGCCACUGAAGGGACCUGGGCUGGUUCUGGAGGGGAAAGGCCCAGUGAGGGGCACAGCCAGGGAGUUGUUUCAGACAACAUAUGAAAUAUGGACCUCAUGAAACAUUUCCUUUACAACCUGAUCUCCUUUUCUAUUAGUAUGAUGGGUCAUUUCAAAUAUAUAUGGCUGGGGAUUUAGCUCACUGGUUUCGCCGCCUGCUG